AUAAUAUACAUGCGUCAAUUAGAUCUAGAUCUACGUGUGAGUUGUAAUUGUAACCAUAUACAAUCAUUUUUUUAUUAUUAUGGUUUCUUAGGUGUUAGGAAGAUUCAUAUUGUCACAUUUCAGACGAAAUAGAAUAAAAUAUGAUUGUCUAUGCGUAUUUAAACCCCCCUUUGUAGUUCUUCUACUCACUCACAAAAUUAAUUCUUCUUCUCUUUUCUUUUCUUAAAAGAGCUCAAAACACACGACCAUCUUUCCGCUGUCUUCUUAGCUUCUUAUCUACCGUAAUCAUGCCAACAUCAGCAACAGCGGUGGCUCCAUCAACUGGAUCUGUCCAGAAAAAAGAUCAAGACUGGCGUGCGAUUUUGUCUCCCGAGCAAUUUAGAGUUCUCAGGGAAAAGGGCACAGAGAACCGAGGUAAAGGAGAGUAUACCAAACUGUUCGACGACGGAAUCUAUAGUUGUGCUGGUUGUGCAACUCCUCUUUAUAAGUCCACCACUAAGUUCGACUCUGGUUGUGGCUGGCCUUCCUUCUUCGAUGCUAUCCCUGGUGCCAUUAAACAAACGCCCGAGGCAGGAGGGAGAAGAAUGGAGAUCACGUGCGCGGCAUGUGACGGACAUUUAGGUCAUGUUGUCAAAGGAGAAGGUUUUCCCACAGCGACCGAUGAGCGCCACUGCGUCAACAGUGUUUCUCUCAAGUUCUCUGAAAUUUCCUCCCAAUAAGUCUAUAUAGUCCACAUUGAUGACCACUAUUGUUGGACCAAGUCCUCUCCUUCAAGAAAAUUUGAAAAUCAAGUCGGAUUGUUUGAGAUUGUCAUGUUAUGUUCCAUUCCUAGUCUUGUGUGAUAUGCUCGCUCCAGUGAUUGUUGUUUGUCCCUUGUAUGGAUAUCUUUUUAAUAAUUAUAUUAUUGUUAUCUUUCCAUUGACCCUUGAUAUGUUCAAUGCAAGUCCUAUAUAAUAAAAAUUGGCAUUUGUUUUCUCAUUU